AUGGGUUUACCCGUGCAAGGACCAUCGAUAGGCUGGCCUGAGACUGAGCAAGCUGCGCCAAAUGUUCGGAGAUGGGCAACCGAGCAAUUGCUUCACCUUUGGCGCAAGCAGCGAUAUCGUAGCGAUAAUGUCGCUUCGUGGGGCGAUGAGAUUGAGUAUAGUCUGAUCGACUUGAAUCCAAAUGCCGAGCGAGCAACUUUGCUAUUGGACCAGGAGAGGGUAAUUCGGCAAUGGCAAGAGAGCUCCGUCAGCAAGGAUGAGCCGGUCGUGCUCCAAUGGGAAUGGGCGAAAUAUGUCGUGGAGACGACGCCAGCAAAGCCUUACACUGGAAGCAUCGAGGAUCUGCUGAGUGUUCAGCAAAAUAUGAAGAGAAGACGAGAAAUCAUCAAUCGCUCGCUCUCACCGAAUCAACACACCCUUUCACUAUCUCUCUUUCCUCGUACUGGAGUGGAUGACCAGUGGACAACUCCCCAUGGCCCGCACCAGACAAACCACUCGGUGUGCUCACUGCCGCGGUAUAGAAUCGUCCCCGAGAACGUGCUCGGCCGAUGCCAAACUCGCAAACAGACACACUACCCAAUAUACCAAGAUACCCAAACGCCGACAUCAUUCCAUGAUACUUUACCCUCGGGAGAAACAGUCCAGGACCACCUCUGUUUGAGCGAUCUCGAGAUUGGAAUUGGCUGUUGCAGUCUGCAAACAACAUUCCAGGCAUCAAGCGAGUCAGAGGCCCGAUGGCUGCACGACCAGCUAAUUCCUCUCGCCCCAAUUUUCCUCGCCAUGACAGCCGCGGUCCCAAUUUGGAAAGGAUACCUGGUUGAUACGGAUAUCCGCUGGCAGCGAUUUGGAGACAUCCUAGAUGAUCGCCGACCAGAGGAGAUGGCUACCACUCCCCCACGCUGGACUUGGAACCGCACAUACCUCUCAGAAGCUAGACCUCCAGGUCUUGAUAGCAGCGAGCCUCUCCAACCCAUGGAUCCCGCAAUCAAACAGCGUCUCCUCGAUGGCGACAUGGAUGAAUCCCUAGCGACACACUUCGCAUCCAUCCUCUCGCGCGACCCACUCGUUCUAACCCAAGAUGAUAUGGAAAACUUCAAUACCGAGAAUACCAAGCUCUUUGAGCUUCUCCAGAGUUGUGUCUGGCAUGCAGUCCGCUUCAAGGUUCCAACCGCCGACACAGGGCCAGGAUGGUGCAUCGAGUUCCGCACAAUGGAAUCCCAGCUCACAGAUAAAGAGAAUGCGGCGUUUGCUAUCUUCGCGUACCUUCUGUCCCGGGCAAUUGUCACUCUGCAUUUGAACUUUUAUAUCCCAAUCGACAAGGUGGGCGAGUCGAUGGAAUUCGCCAAGGAGCGUGAUGCUGUUCGACAAGAGAAGAUGUGGUUCCGUCGGUCCGGGUGGUUGUCCGGUUCUCACACUAUCAGGCCCUCGCGGUCGAUGUGUAAAGACCAGUCGCACGGACAUUUGAGUGACGAGAGUAGAGGUGAGGAAUUCGCUCUCAUGACGGCAGACCAGAUCUUCAACGGUGAAGGCGAUCCAAGUGGGUUCCCGGGCUUGGUGGCUAUUGUGCGGUAUUACCUGGAUCAAAGCAAAAUGUCAGCAGUGGCGCAGGCGAAGAUUGCUCCGUACCUUGAUCUGAUCACCAAGCGGGCCAGCGGCGAGAACCCGACACCGGCAAGAUGGAUGAGGGAGUUUGUGCGUUCGCACAAGGACUAUCAGCAGGACAGUCAUGUUAGUGAGAGCGUCUGCUAUGACAUGAUGAAGGAGAUUGUACAGAUGAAUAAGGAAUGA